AUGAGAAAGAUAUUGAAGUUCCCGGCAAAUCUACCUCCAGGUCUUAUGGAACGCUAUGAGUUGACUGAUAUUUCGUCCCAACUUCACGGUAUCCUGCUUUCACGGACCGGAGUUACUAUUGAGGGCGAAAAAGUGAUUCUUCACCUUUGUAAUGCAUGCUACGCAUCAUUCGCGAACAAAAAGCUGUCUUCACCCCCGAAAUUUGCAAUUGCCAAUGGGCUACACAUUGGAGUUCUGCCGACCCAAUUUGAUGAGCCGACGAUGACUGAGAAUGCAAUGUUAAAUCUUGCUCAGCCAACCCAAUUCGUUACAGUUGUUCGUGGUGGUCGUCAUUCUCCACUUCGAUCCCAUGUGUACUUCUUUCGAGCUACCCCUACCCCACCUGCUCAGCUACUUCCGGAACCAGUGGUGUCCAAGGGAAUAAUUGGUGUAUCUAUGGUAGGCUCUAUGACGCCACGCCAAAAAGCAGAAACGGCAAAGCGAUACCAAAUUCGUGUUUCACGUCUGCGAGAUCAGUAUGGAUGGUAUCGUAGAAACAAUGUUCUCUACCGCAACGUGCAGCUCACGUCUAGUUUGGAAACGGAUUUGGAUGAAAGUCAUGAUCAACACAAUGUUCUGAGUGAUUGUACAACUGAGGGCAACGCAGAGGAAUCAGCGAUGGCCAACGAAUUAGAUGCAGCGCACUGGCGGUUUAAUGCCCCCGCACCAUCGAUAUUUGGCGCAAAUGAUGAAGAUGAACUUUGUUCACAAACAGCAGUUGCCCUAGUCACUGACUAUGCCGGCGAAGACGCCAACACACAGGCUCGAACAAUUCUGAAGGAUACCUCUGAUGUUGUGGUCUGGCGAUCAUCAGAGAUAUUAUCAGAUUUUACUCCUGCUUACUGGAUUUACACGUUUUGUGAGCCUUUUCCCUAUAGUCGUGGAGGACUGGAUGAGCCAAGAGCCGUACGAAUCGGUGUUGAAGAAUACAUGCGCUAUUGUUUGCGGCUAUCGCAUCAAAAGCAUGCUCAUCAUCCGUCAUUCAUGCUUGUUGCUUUCAACAUAUUGGCGCGUCACCACGCCAUGCGUGCCGUUUAUCUACGUGCUAAACUAGCGCCUCAUGUGGCAAGAAGCUCCGCAAAUGUUGAUCGCUCCGAGUUACGCAGUCCCAUUGAAUAUCGGGAUGCCCGCCUAAAAGCCAUAAAUCAAAGAAAACGGGCACCAGAUCCUCCACCAUCCUCUUAA